AUGAGUUCGGAAGUUUCGAUUGCCGGUUGUAGUGUGUGCGGUGGUAAACAAAAUCUUUUGAGGUGUGCUCGCUGCAAGACCACCUUGUACUGCUCGAAAGACCAUCAGAAACAAGACUGGAAGAAACACAAAGUCAGUUGCUCUAGUCAAGAAAAAGAUUCAGUGGACGGGAAGUAUUGUCACUACGUCAACAAUAAGCGAAAAAAUAGUGCCAUACCGGUCGAGGGCAGCUCCGAGAGCGAAAUCCUGAGCUGCAUCGCGCAAGACCUGUCUCCGAACUUGGAAUUCGCCGAGUCCGCUGGAACCUCGACGAAGGAUUCGUUGAAGUGCGCCGCGAGCGCCAUGCCCAUCAGCGGCGAGAACAUAAUCCACCCCCGGAAGUCCGGCGUCAAGGACUUCCCGGAAAUAGCCCUGCCGAAGCAGGGCAGCCAGUUGCACGACGAUUCCUCCGAGGACGAGAUGUGCCGGAACGUUAUAAGAGACCUGACGAACUACGGCUUGUGCGUGGUCGACAACUUUCUGGGGCCCGCGCUCGGCCAGACGGUCCUCCGAGAGGUGUUGACCUUGAACCAGAAGGGCGUGUUCAAGGACGGCCAGCUGGUGUCGACCAAGGGGAACAAAGGCGAUCUGAAGACUAUAAGAGGCGAUCAGAUCUGCUGGGUGGACGGCAGGGAGUCUUGUUGCCAGAACAUCGGCCAUUUGAUAAGCAAGGUCGACACUUUGGUCAUGAGGGCGAACCGGAUGAGAGACAAUGGAAAAUUGGGGGAGUACACCAUUAAUGGCAGAACAAAAGCCAUGGUUGCCUGUUAUCCAGGAUUGGGAUCUCACUACGUUAUGCAUGUGGAUAACCCAAACAAGGAUGGAAGAUGCAUAACAGCCAUUUAUUAUUUGAAUCUGAACUGGGACGUGCAACAGAGCGGCGGUUUGCUCAGAAUAUUCCCGGAGGGAUGGAGAGGGGACAAGGUUGCCGAUAUAGAUCCAAUUUUCGACCGCCUACUAUUUUUCUGGUCGGACAGGAGAAACCCCCACGAAGUUCAGCCGGCCUACGAUACGCGUUACGCGAUUACUUUGUGGUAUUUCGAUACGGUGGAGAGGGAGGAGGCGCUAAGGCGGUUCGAAAAAGAAAGUAAGUUGUCUUGAUAUGGUGUGACUGUUAGCAAGUCAUAAAAUUAUCUUUAAUAGAAUUUUCCUACCAUAACUAAACAUUACAAAAAAAAAAUUGAUUUAAAAACAAAGUUAAUAUUUAUUGAUGUUUAUUAUCAAUUUGUUCCUUUGUUAAAUAUUUUUUUACCCACAAUAUUAAUGGGUCAUAAAAUUAAGGCUUUUUGUGCUACACUAAUGUACAAAAUUAUUUUAAUAUACUAAUUCGAAUAAAACCUAUUGAAAUCUAAAUCUAAAUAAAUUCUCCUACAUGGUAAAUAUUAACAAAAUAC